UCACGUUCUCCACCGAAAUCAAAAUAGUUCCUUACACACAGGCGUUGAAGCUCAGCGCGAAUCCACCGGAUAUUAUUAUAUUUCUUAUUAUUGUAUAAUUAUAACAGCCCGGAUGGCGGGUUUACCCCCGGGUGACCCCCAGUUGGUCGCCAUGAUCGUGAAUCAUUUAAAAACACAGGGACUUUUUGACCAGUUCAGGAGGGACUGUUUGGCGGAUGUCGAUACAAAGCCUGCGUACUUGCACUUGAGACAGCGAGUGGACAACUUUGUGUCUAAUCACCUGUCCAACCACACAUGGAGUCCUCAACUAAACAAGAACCAGCUGAGGAACAGCAUCAGGCAACUCGUGCUCCAGUCAGGCUUGCUGGAGCAGGGCGUCGAUCGGAUUGUAGCGCAGGUCGUCGACCCCAAGGUUCAACACACCUUUCGGCCACAGGUGGAACGUGUCGUCCGUCAGUUCCUGUCUCCGGGCAACCAUGUAGAGGAGGAGGAGCCUACACACGCCCUCACACAGAUUUUGGAAAACCAGGAGGCUUAUCUGUCGUCUCCAGUGAUCCCCUCGGCUCCAGUCUUUGACGCCGCCCCCUCUCAAAGUCAAGAUCCCUCAGUGAUAAUGGCACAGGACGAAGGAGAGGAAGAUAUGUGCCUGGUAGAGGACGAGACCGAGCCAGAAAGAACAAAGGAGGUGGAAGAGCAGGACGAGAAGCUCGAGGGGAACAAAGAGGAGACAACGAGCAAAGAGCUAGAGGAGGAUGAGGAGAGACCGAAAGAGGCGACGGAGGUUGGCCAACAGAUGGAGGUGCCUGUGGAGGUCAAGAAAGAGGAACAAGAAGAAGAAAAAGGGGAGGAGAAGGAAAAGAAAGGGGAAGAGGAUAAAGAGAAAGGAGAGGACACGAAAGAUAAGAAAGGCUCGGGGAAGAACAAGGAGGAGAGCAGCGCCGACAAACUUCAUAUCCUCCAGAAAGCGAGAGAACGACUGAAAGAAGAAUACUCCCUGGAAGAUUCGGAUCUAGAGGGUCUGAGCGACAUCACGGUGAGUUCGGUCCACACGAGCGACCUUUCGUCUUUGAAGACGACAGCGAGGACGAGGAGCCUCCUUCCGAUACCACCGAGGAAGGAGAGAUCACCUCAGAAGAUGAAAAGGUUCAGAAGAAAGGAGCAGCAGACGAUUCGGACGAAAACAAGGAGAAAAAACCCCGGGGUUCCCGCCAAGGCUACGUUCACAAGCCUUUCCUUUACUCGCGUUACUACAGCGACUCUGACGACGAGGUUACCGUGGAGCAGCGACGUCGUUCCGCUGCGAAAGACAAAGAGGAAAGAUUGCUGAAGCGGCAACAGAACCGGGAGCGUCUUGAGGAAAAAAGAAGGCAGAAGGCGACGCAAGCAGAGCUACAGG